CUGCGUUGGCGUUUUGGGAACGCGACGCGUCAUUGCUAACUUUCUGCCACGCGGCUCUCCACACUUUUGCUCUCAAAAUCCUUUUUUUUUUUUGGUCUCUGUCAACGACACUUCACUGUCGAAGAAUCGAAAGCAGUGAACCGCUAUGGAAGAAGAAUUCUCACUCGACGAUCCAUCUCAGUUACUCAAAUCAGCUUCUGAUUUCGCCCAUCACCCUGGUGUUCAAGAUGACGCCGCUACAAAAGAUUUUCUUGACCGUUUUCCCCUCCCUGUAAUCAUCAGUGCUUUGCAGACCAAAGCUGAUGUGCCUGGCCUGGAAAAUACUCUGGUUGCUUGUUUGGAAAGGUUAUUCAAGACUAAGUAUGGUGCCUCACUGAUUCCACAUUACAUGCCUUUUGUUCAAGUUGGCCUCAAGGCAGAUUCUCAAAUAGUUCGUGGUUUAGCAUGCAAGACGGUUUCAUCCUUUUUAAAGAACUUUGAUGACAAAUCUAUAUCUGCCACACAGCUGAUAAUUGACUAUGAUAUAUAUCCACUCUUACUGGACUGCCUGAUUUAUGGCAAUGAACAAGUUGCAACUGCUGCAAUUGAUGCAAUCAAGAACUUAGUUCAGUUUUCUGAAGGCAUGGGCAUCAUCUUCCCAUCUAAUAUCAAUGAAGUUACGCACCUUGGGAACUUAGCAUCACGAUGUUCAUCACUGGGACGUGUGCGGGUUUUAUCAUUGAUAGUGAAAUUAUUUUCUGUUUCGAGCUCCAUUGCAUCAGUAAUAUACAAUUCAAAUCUGCUCAGUGUAUUGGAGGCAGAGAUCAGGAAUUCAAAUGAUAACCUUGCAACCCUAAAUGCUUUGGAGCUCUUGUAUGAGUUGACUCAAAUCCAGCAUGGUACUGAGUUCUUGUCAAGGACCACCCUUCAAUUGCUUCAUUCUAUAAUCAGCAACACAUCAAUGGAAUCAAUUCUAAGAUCAAGAGCAAUGAUGAUAAGUGGAAGGCUUUUAUCCAAGGAGAACAUAUACCUGUUUGUUGAUGAACAAAGUGCCAAAGGUGUGAUUUCAGCCAUUGAUGUCAGAGUUGGGCUGUUGGACAGUCAAGAUACUGAUGAAUGUGAAUCUGCACUUGACGCUCUUGGACAAAUCGGAUCAUCAAUCCAAGGGGCCGUGUUGCUAUUGUCAAAUUUUCCACCUGCUGCAAGGCAUAUUGUUCAUGCUGCUUUUGAUCGGCAAGGGCGUGGUAAACAGUUGGCUGCAUUACACGCUUUGGGAAAUGUCACGGGAGAAAACCGACCUGAGGAUAGUAUAAUCCUAAAUGGUGAUGCAGAAGAAAGUCUUAGACGUUUGAUCUAUGAAGUAGCAUCAGGAAGUUCAAAGUUGACACCAUCUGGUCUUUUCUUAUCAGUUCUUCAACAGGCUGCAGAAUUUCGUCUGGCAGGGUACAGAGUGAUAACAGGGUUAGUUGCUCGAUUAUGGUGCUUGAUGGAGAUUUGCUCAAAACAGGAGAUAAUAAACAUGGUGACUGAUCCAGCUACUGAAACUACAAAAAUAGGUAUGGAGGCUAGACAUAAUUGUUGCAAGGCAAUCCACAGGGCAUUCAUGGCAAGUAAACUCAUUAGCGACCCUGCACUCUCGGGAAUAGCUGGGAAGGGAGUCUAUCUUUUAGUGCAAUUACUCAGAAACCAAGUCGUCGUUCUGUUGUUUGUGAGGCUGCACCAAACAAGAAGGCUGAUUCAGCUGCUAAGAGGGCUCGUCAAGCUGAAAAAAGACGUAUUUAGAACAAAGCAAAGAAAUCUGAAGUCAGAACCCGGAUGAAGAAGGAUUUGCAGGCACUGGAUGUGCUGAGGAAGAAACGUGAUGCACAAGCUGAAGAAAUCCUCCCAAUCGAGAAACUGCUUGCUGAGGCCUAUUCAGUGAUAGAUAAAGCAGUAAAAGUGGGAACACUGUAUAGGAACACUGGAGCACAAAGAAAGUCGCGUCUUGCUAGGAGAAAGAAAGCUAUAAAGAUCCAUCAUGCCUGGUAUACCCCUGCUCCAGCUGCAAAUGCCGCAUAGAAGAGGGAGGAGCAUGUUGAGAAAUCAUUCUUUUGUUUCCUAGGCAGAGAAACACAAACUGUUAUCUUUUGUUACACCAUUUUCUGCUUUGUUUUUUAAAUGCCUCUUAACACAUUUUCUCUUCUAUCUCUAAUUUGAGGAUCAUGUUAUGUUGAGUUUGUAAAGUUUCUGGAUAUUACCAAACACUUCUUGAAUGAACCAGCAUGUCUAGUUGUAUCAGUCCCAGAAUCUGUCUCGUUAACCAUUCUCACUCUCUUUCUGUUUUAAUGAGCCUUCAACAGAACCAGCAGUCCGCAAAGCAUGAUGUGGCACGAAUCAUGUAGUAAAAAUCCAACAUGCUUUGUCUUAUGGAAUUCUAUAAUAACAAACUCCUAAACUUCUGGAAGUUGCCGGAUGUCUUUUGCAGCUGAAUUGAGGGUUUGUCCGUAA